AUGGUUCGCAAUAAAAAGUCACAGAUUUUGGCCUCAAAAUGGAGGAUUCUCAAAACAAAAUUACGUCAUAAGUACAUGCUAACUCAAAAAGGAGAAGCGUAUAAAGAUUUACUUGACAAUAGAAAAACAAAACAGUACUUUUCUACAUGGAAACACAGACGAAAUCUCAAAUUAAGUGAUAAAAGGCAGCUUUGGAUUUCAUUUACAGGAAGAAUAUCACGAAUCAAUCGCAAGAAGACAUUAUCUUUACAACAUUCUUAUACGUUGAAUCAUGAUAAAUGGUUGAAUCUGAUCAAAAAAUAUUUGAAGAAAACAAUGAUUGAAAACCUUGAAGACCAACAAUACACGUUUUCUCUCAGACAAAAUUGGAUUUCAUUACUGCAUAACAAGAAGAUUUUCGAAAUUAAGAAGAAUUUGAGAUUAUUCAGCGGAACAACACAACAGUGGAGAAGUUUCUCAAUCAGGUAUUUGCGCAUUAAAAUGCGUAGAGCGCUGAUCGAAGAGAAAACACAAUGCGAUUUGCAAAGAAAAUGGAUUGAUUUCUCUUCCCACUUAUGUGUCAGAGCCAAACAUGAGUUAUUCAUUCAGCACAAACAAGAAUACGAAGAGGAAAAGCUUCACGAACGAAAUCUUGAACAAAUUUCAACAUUCUUUGAAACGUGGAAACAAAGAUUUUAUGUUAAUGAUAUUUUACGUCAGAAUUAUAAGGAUUCAAUGUCUGUUUAUGCUAAGUGCGCCUUGAACAACUGUGCAUCAAUGAUACAGUCAAUUUGGAGAUUCAAGAAAGAAGUUCAAAAUAUCAAGAAGAAUAAUAAGGUGAUCUCUAAGAUUUUUAACAAGUGGAGGUCAGCACUAUUAGUACGCCAAGCACUUAAUGAUAUUCCAUUGAUUCUAGAAUCAAUCCAAUAUCCUAAAUAUUCUGUUGAUCUUAGCUUUUCAGAACUAAAGUCACCAAUCCGAUGCUUGUCAUUAGAUACAAUAUUAGUCCAUACCCAAUUGGAGCAAGAACAUGAAGAAACACAAGAUUUAGAUUUAAUUACGAAAAUGGCAGUCAAAAAUGGAUUAUUACUUGAUGAAAUCGAUAAAUCUCUUGUAUCAUCGAUCCAGAUCAAUCAAGAUUUCCGUCCAAAAGAAAAAAUUCCAACCAAAUUUGAAAAUGAUACAGCCAUUGAGAAGUUACUUUCCAAUAUUAUUAGCAAUGAACUUGAUAUUGGAUUGCAAGCAGUGGAUACACGUCCAUCUUAUUCCGAUUUAGACUCUAUUUCAUCUACUUUUUCUGCAAGAAAUCAACUCAAAGUUUUAGAAGAAUCAAAACAAAAACAAUCCAAAGAAGAACACUCAGAACCCCACGGAGCCAAUGAAAAUAGCAACAAGAUCGAUGAUAAUAAAGCAGAACAUAAUGUUGUCAACGACGAUCAAACUGAUACACCAAUCAAAGAAGAAGAUAAAGCCAAUGAAACACAAACUAAUGAAGUAACUGAAAACAUGGAAAACAAGAUCAUUGAAGAAGAAAAAUCUCAAAAUGAGAAAGAAAACAAAGAGGAAGAAGAAGGCGAAAUCAUCAGUGACAAUGAAGAACCAGAAAAAGGUAAUAAUGAAGAGGAGGAAGAUGAAAUUCUAAGUGCAAUAGAUGAUCUCGUCAAUGAAAACAAAGAAGAGGAAGAAGAAACGCCAAAAGAUACAAAGACAGAUGAAAAAGUUAAAGAAAACAAAGAGGAAGAAGAAGGCGAGAUUAUAAGUGAUUUUGAUGAAGCAGAUAACGAAAAUGAUGAAGAAAAAGCUCUAAAUGAUAAUGAAGAAGAAGAAUCAGGUGCAAUUCUCAAUGAAAAUAACAACUUUACAACUGAAGGUCAAGAUAAAAUAGAAGAUGAGUACUCAAAAAGCAUGAUAGUGAUAGAUACUGAAGAUCUCAUGGAAAUAGGACAAAAUGUCUGUCCAUUUGAACUUAAUUUUAUCAAAGAUAUAAAAUUGAAUAUCGGAAUUAAUACUUUUGUUUAUAAAUAA